UCUGGAGUCCGAACACAGAUUGCGUCUCGGUGAGCUCCCGAAUCAAAACGAACUAGCCAGGCAUGGAACCAGCGGACCCCACCCCCUGGGAUAGGGUGCACGACGCUUCUAUUCACUCGGCCCGCAUGUGGAGGUUGGAGCAGAUCACUGCCCAACUCACAGCGAUCCAGGCCAAGCUCUUCAGACCCGGCUAUAUCCAACUUCCUUUCCCAGCCCUAAUCCACUCUCCCACUCCACUCCUGACCCGGCUUCCAGAACCACAUCUGUUCCAGCUUCCCCUUCAACCCCAGUGCUCGUCUCCGGGUUCCGAGCCCCGUCUGCUCGAGGACUGCUCGUCUCUGGGUUCCGCGCCCCGUCUGCCCGAGGACUGCCCGUCUCCAGGUUCCGAGCCCCGUCUGCCUGGAGCAACCCCGUCUCGGGUCCCCGAGCCGCUUCUGCCCGGAGAGGUCCCGUCUCGGGCCCCUGAGUCGCUUCCGCUCCAGGACCUUGGUCUGGCCCCUGCGCCAUGUCUGGCCCAGUCCCAGGCUCUGGCCCCGGCCCAGGCGCUGACUUGGGUUCCAGACCCCUCCAGGUCAAGAAGAAAGAGACCCCGGGCCUGUGCCCACCUGAGACCCCGGGCCCGUGCCCGCCUGAGACCCCAUGUUCCCUCCGAGAAGCCCCCGAGCUCCCUUCCUUCCCUUCGAGACCCCCGUUUCCACCCCCGUUUCCGUCGAAGACCCCCGUUUUUUUGUCCGAGACCCCCGUUUUUCCGUCCGAGACCCCCGUUGCCGUCCGAGACCCCCAUCUCUCCGUCCAAGACCCCCGUUUCCGUCCGAGGCCCCCGUUUCUGUCCGAGACCCCUGUUGCCGUCCGAGACUCAAGCUCCCUUCCCAGAACCCCGUUUUUCCAUCCGAGACCCUCGUUUCCGUCCGAGACCCCAAGUCCCCUUCCGAGACCCCAAGUCCCCUUCCGAGACCCCUGUUCCCGUCCGAGACCCUACCCAGUUCCCCUCAGAACGUGCUUUCAAUGAUGUGGCAAAUCAUGUGGCAUUUGUGGAUGUGGAUGGUCUUGGUUUAAAGACGGACAGGGAGUGCAGUCCCACCUCUGAUGCAGUGUGUGGGCCUCUGGAUCAGCACUACUGCACUGAGGCAGAUCAUAAGAAGGGCUGCAGAUUAGCACAGAGACACAGUAUCUGCAGGCCUGGGACAUUCAUCAAACGCAAUGGUGAGAUUGCAUCAUAUCCGCCAUCUAUCCUAUCCUGA